AUGAGUUCCUCCCGCAACGAUGCCGGGCAGCCCAACCGCAAGCCCAACCUCCGAGUAACGAUCAUCGCCGCCGACGGCCUUUACAAGCGAGAUGUUUUCCGGUUUCCGGAUCCCUUCGCCGUCAUUACCGUCAACGGAGACCAGACCAAGACCACGACGGCUCAAAAGCGAACGCUGAACCCAUACUGGAACGAGAGCUUCGAUCUCCAUGUGAAUGAGGACACCAUCCUCGCAGUUCAAGUCUUUGACCAAAAGAAGUUCAAGAAGAAGGAUCAAGGAUUUCUCGGCGUUAUUAACGUUAGAAUUGGCGAUGUUAUCGAACUGGCACCAGACGCUGAUGACCAGAUGCUCACGCGAGACCUGAAGAAAUCGACCGAUAACCUCGUCGUUCACGGCAAACUAAUUAUCAACCUUUCCACGAACCUCUCCACACCUGCGAGGGCUGGAGCGCCUUCAUCCAGCCGUCCCUCUCUUGUCCCGCCUGCACAAGGAUCCAACGUCUCGUCGCUUUCCGCUCCAGCGCAGGAUGGCAGACCGGGAUCCGCCAUGGGCGCUUCAAACGGGACUCCGGCGCCCGGUUCCCAGGUUAACCUGCCACAUCGCCCGGCCAGUAUGACUUCCAGCGGCCCGCCGCCGGCUGCUAACGGGGCUCCUCCUCCGGCGCGACAGUCUAGUGCUCUCAGCCCCUUCGAGGACGCCCAGGGUCGAUUGCCAGCGGGAUGGGAACGUCGGGAGGAUAACCUUGGACGGACGUAUUAUGUCGACCAUAACACGAGAACCACGAGCUGGAACAGACCUACUGCUGCUGGAGCUGUUGAACAGAGGAACGACCGUGAGGCCGCGACCCAAGUGGAGCGCCAGAGACACCAGAACCGAACCCUGCCCGAGGACCGAACCGGUGCGAACUCGCCGACGCUGCAAGCCCAGCAGACGGCAGCCACUCAGAACGCGAACAAUGCUACGAUGAUGCAUACUGGAGCUACUAGUCCUGGCACCGGCGAGCUGCCGCCUGGAUGGGAACAGAGGUGGACACCGGAAGGAAGGCCUUACUUUGUGGACCACAACACCAGGACAACCACGUGGGUGGACCCCCGUCGCCAACAGUACAUCCGUAUGUACGGCGGUCAGAACAACCAGAACGGGACUAUCCAGCAACAGCCCGUAUCCCAAUUGGGACCUUUGCCAAGCGGCUGGGAGAUGCGUCUCACAAACACUGCCAGGGUGUAUUUCGUGGAUCACAACACAAAGACGACGACGUGGGACGACCCCCGUUUGCCGUCGUCCCUGGACCAGAAUGUGCCUCAGUACAAGCGAGACUUCAGGAGGAAGCUCAUUUACUUCCGCUCGCAACCUGCUAUGCGCAUUUUGUCCGGCCAAUGCCAUAUCAAGGUCCGGCGAUCCCACAUUUUCGAGGACUCCUUUGCCGAAAUUACUCGGCAAUCUGCUACUGACUUGAAGAAGCGUUUAAUGAUCAAGUUUGAUGGCGAAGAUGGUUUGGAUUACGGUGGUCUGUCCAGAGAGUUCUUCUUCCUGCUCUCCCACGAAAUGUUCAACCCCUUCUACUGUCUUUUCGAGUACUCCGCCCACGACAACUACACUCUUCAGAUCAACCCCCACUCUGGAAUCAACCCCGAGCAUCUGAACUACUUCAAGUUCAUCGGCCGUGUUGUUGGUUUGGCCAUCUUCCACCGUCGCUUCCUCGAUGCCUUCUUCAUCGGUGCUCUGUACAAGAUGAUUCUCGGCAAGUCGGUCGUACUUGCCGACAUGGAGGGUGUGGAUGCCGACUUCCACCGAUCCCUCCAGUGGAUGUUGGACAACGACAUCUCAGGCGGUAUUCUCGAGCAGACGUUCUCUACGGAAGAUGAGCGCUUCGGCGUUAUGACCGUCGAGGAUCUCAUUCCCAACGGACGCAACAUCGACGUAACGAACGAGAACAAGAAGGAGUACGUUGACCUCAUGGUCAAGUGGAGAAUCGAGAAGCGUAUUGCGGAGCAGUUCCAGGCCUUCAAGGAUGGCUUCCACGAGCUUAUCCCUCAGGACCUGGUCAACGUCUUCGACGAGCGUGAGCUUGAGUUGCUCAUUGGUGGUAUUGCUGAGAUCGAUGUCGACGACUGGAAGAAGCACACCGACUACCGUGGAUACACUGAGUCGGAUGAGGUUAUUCAGUUCUUCUGGCAGACGAUUCGCUCAUGGGAUGGAGAGCAGAAGUCGCGUCUGCUCCAAUUUGCUACCGGUACAUCGCGUAUUCCGGUCAACGGUUUCAAGGAUUUGCAAGGAAGUGACGGACCGAGAAGGUUCACUAUUGAGAAGGCGGGUGAGAUCAACAACCUUCCCAAGGCCCACACAUGUUUCAACCGUCUGGACCUGCCUCCGUAUAAGAGUUUGGAGAUGCUGCAGCAGAAGCUCACGAUUGCCGUCGAGGAGACGAUGGGUUUCGGCCAGGAAUAA